AGUUUUCUUCGAUGAGGCUGAGGUAGGCUACCAUCGUUCCUCGCAGAUGGCUGAUCCGUCCAGGGAGGAAGAACAAGUCAAUCUCCUGGGAGAAGAAGGCCUUCGUACGGGCGGACAGGCACUCAAACUUGGCUUCGUGGCUGGCGUCAUACUUCGAGAAAGGAUUCCGGCGUUCGAGCGCAUGCUGUGGAGGGCUUGUCGAGGCAAUGUAUUUCUCAGGCAAGCUGAGAUUGAAACUCCUUUGGAAGAUCCUACAACGAGUGAUCAAGUAUUCAAAUCCGUAUUCAUCAUAUUCUUCCAAGGAGAUCAACUUAAAACACGUGUCAAAAAAAUUUGUGAGGGUUUUAGAGCUACAUUGUAUCCAUGCCCGGAAGCACCCUCAGACAGGCGAGAAAUGGCUAUGGGAGUCAUGACUAGAAUAGAAGAUCUUAACACGGUAUUAGGACAAACUCAAGAUCACAGGCAUCGUGUGCUGGUCGCCGCUGCUAAGAACAUUAUGAAUUGGUUUAUUAAAGUUCGAAAAAUUAAAGCUAUUUAUCAUACACUGAAUUUGUUCAAUUUGGACGUAACACAAAAAUGUUUGAUUGCUGAAUGCUGGGUACCUGUGCUUGAUUUGGAAACAAUUCAAUUAGCACUUAGGAGAGGAACGGAACGUAGUGGCAGUUCUGUACCUCCUAUUCUAAACAGAAUGGAAACACAUGAGGAUCCUCCGACUUACAAUCGUACAAAUAAAUUUACUAGCGGAUUUCAAGCACUCAUUGAUGCUUAUGGUAUUGCAUCAUACAGAGAAGCAAAUCCCACUCCUUACACAAUAAUUACGUUUCCCUUCCUGUUCGCCGUUAUGUUCGGAGAUUUGGGUCACGGAGCUAUAAUGGCACUUUUUGGGGCAUGGAUGAUUUUGAAGGAAAAACCAUUGGCAGCGAAGAAAACGGAUAAUGAGGUCUAUUUGGAAUAUAUUUUUGGUGGUCGUUAUAUCAUCUUUCUAAUGGGAGUAUUUUCAAUGUAUACUGGUUUCAUUUACAAUGAUAUUUUCUCAAAAUCGCUUAAUAUAUUUGGCUCAUCUUGGUCUACAAACUAUAAUUUAUCAACGAUAUUAACAAAUGAUGCAUUACAACUAAAUCCAGCAAACAAAGAUAUGUAUGAUGGUACGCCAUAUCCAAUUGGCUUGGACCCAGUAUGGCAGCUAUCUGCAAAUAAAAUUAUUUUUCAAAAUGCUUACAAGAUGAAAAUAUCAAUUAUUAUUGGAGUUAUUCAUAUGUUGUUUGGUGUUUCACUAAGUCUUUGGAAUUACAACUAUUUCAAAAAUAAACUCAGUAUUUUAUGUGAAUUCAUUCCGCAGAUUAUAUUUCUGACUUUCUUAUUCUUUUAUAUGGUUUUGCUCAUGUUUAUUAAGUGGGUGACUUAUUUUCCUACAGAUAAUGAUAAAGUAAGCCCUCAGUGUGCCCCCUCCAUUCUUAUAACGUUUAUCAAUAUGGUUUUAUUCAAACCAUCAACACAUUCUCUGGCAUGUGAAACUCCAUACAUGUACAGUGGUCAAGGGGGUUUACAAAAGCUCCUUGUUGUUUUGGCCUUGCUUUGUGUACCAUGGAUGUUAUUUGCAAAGCCAGUUUACAUCAUGCAAAUGCGGAAAAAACAAGCCUUGUUGGGACAGCAACCGGCUCAGGGAGGUGGUCAUGGCCAUGAUGAUAAUACUGAGAUGAGCGAAAUUUUUAUUCAUCAAGGUAUUCACACAAUUGAGUAUGUGCUGGGAUCUGUAUCACAUACUGCAAGUUAUUUGCGUCUUUGGGCGCUGUCGUUGGCUCAUGCCCAAUUGGCAGAAGUAUUAUGGAAUAUGGUUAUGAAGCAAGGAUUAGUUUAUGAUGGCUGGGUCGGUGGAGUUGCUUUGUGGUUGGUAUUUGCUUUUUGGGGUGUUCUCACUGUUGGAAUUCUUGUGCUGAUGGAGGGCCUCUCUGCUUUCUUACAUACACUUCGAUUACAUUGGGUUGAGUUUCAAAGCAAGUUCUACUCUGGUUUGGGCUAUGCGUUCCAACCAUUUGCAUUUGAGGCAAUAUUAGACACAGCCUCGACUGCGCCGGAGGAGUAAUGUGUUUUUCCCUUUAGAUAAAUUUU